AUGAUCGUUGCUUGGCAACUCCCUACUUGCUUCUUAUAGUCGGAAUGGGUCCACGUCGCAAGGUCACCUGACUGAGUCCAGCAAAUUAUAUAUAAUGUUAAGAGUAUUUAUGGAUAUAACUUUUGAAAUAACCCGUGGAUAAUAACAACUUAUUGGUCUAUUAAGAGCGUUGACCAAGCGCCUCUGCUCUCCAUGGCGAGUCCUGGUCCGGAAGACCGGUCACACAUCUUAAGCGUCAAUAUACAGGAUGGAAAAGCGUUUGGACCAGACUUGCAAGCGGUUGUUUGCGCGGCUACUUUUGCUGGCGAGACAAAGUUAACACCCUACAGCGUUGGUCGCGAUACGCACGUCUGGAACACGACGUUGCAAUGGCGGGUUACUUUGGAUCAGUUUAGGCGCCUUACGUCCCUUGGGCAAAAGGACUGCAAGGUUGUCCUCACCAACAAGGAUGGCACCAAGCUCGGGUGGUUCCUUGUGGACAUCCGCGCAGCCAAGCUGCAGGCGCAGUACAAGAAGGACGAGGGCGUAUGGAUGGGCCUCACAGGCGCCAAGAAAGGAGACUCGCCGCAAGUAUACGUGCAGGCCCUCUUCUAUGAAGACAGGCCCGGCGCGCUCAGCUCCCCAGAACCCAAACAAUCUCCCAGCAAAGCGCGUGGCGUGAGGCGGCAGCAAGCCGCUAACCGCUCCUCUACCGCGGCCCUCCCUGGCGUCAGCGAGGCCGCAGGGGACGCGGCUACGGCCUCUGGACCGGCAGCCGGCGCCGGUGACCCGGGACGCUCCUCUGAAGCAGCUGACGGUGUGGAUGCUGCUGGCUUGCCCCGAGGAGGCCCUACCUCCGCUGGUACGGCAGCAGCGGCCCCGACUGCGGGUCUGCCGAACUUUGGCAGCCCGGCGCGGGGACUGGGGCCGGCGGCAGCGGAUGAGGGCCCCUUCCGCCACUUUGCGCUGAUGGUGGAUGUGCGCAGCUUCCAGAGCAGCAAGCGGCUGCCGCUGAGCACCGCCAGCGUGUACGUGCAGGCCAUCAUGCCGCCGGAACUGAUAGAAUUGGUGGUGGGCAGCGGCUUCCGGCUGCCCUCCCGCCUGGCGCCCCUCACCACACACCCCACGGUGGACAUACCGCGGGGCACGGAGGGAGCGCUGCCUAACGGGUACGGCACACUGGAGUUCACAGCGGGCGUGGUGCAGCUGGCGCGUGUGCUGGCACGUGAACCACGGGUCAGCGUGGAGGCCUGGCACAAAGAAAGGUUCCGCACGGACAUGCUGCUGGGUGCUGGCUCCGUGCCGCUGACGCCGCUGCUGCAGGGCGCCUGGGUGGACGGAUACGCGCCGCUGUUUGCGCUGGUGGCCAGCGCGGUGGGGGCGGACGUGCGCGAGGAGCGGGUGCAGGUAGGCUCCCUGCGUGUCGUACUCUCGCUGGAGGACAAGGGCCCUGCAGCCCCGCCCGGCAGCCAGCCACUCGCAACAGCCGCAGCUUCUGCGGCGCCCCUUGCACCGCCCUCGGCGUUUAACGACCCCACUGCAGCCGCUACGGCCCUCAUUGCACAGCCUAGCUUUUCCGAUCCAAGCCACAAUGCCGCAGCCACAGAUGCAGCCGGGGCGACGGGCCCCGCAGCAGCAGCGGCAGCCUCAGAUGACAGUGCGAUGGGGCUACGUAUCCGUGAGAUGUACCCCGCACCGCCGAACGCAGGGCCUCAGCAACCCGCAGCGACAAAUCCAGCGGGGGGUUCCUCAGCCGUUGGAUUGGCGGGCCCUCAAGGCAGCGUGCCCCUACCGCCGCCACAACGGCAACAACAGCCGGCGCUGCCGCCAUCGUACGGUAUGGCGCCUCCGCCAACACUGUCGCUGCCGCCGCCACCAGCGCUGGCGCUGGGGCCUGGGGCCUUACGCGGGUCCUUACCUGCCGCGGCUGGAGCGGCGGGGGCAGGUCGGCAGAGCGCUCCGCCCGAAUUUGAGGCUGCAUGGGAGCUGGAGGUCUGGAAGAAAGCUGAGGAGGCCCGCUGGCGCUCCGAGCUGCGCGAGCGCGAGGCCCAGCGCAUGAUGGUCCUGGAGAGCGAGUGGCGGCGGCGGGAGCGCGCGAGGGAGGCGGAGCUGGCAGGCCUCAAGGCGGAGUACUUGGCGCUUGAGGACAAGGCGCAGCAGGUGCUAGCGGCGGCGGAGGGUCGCGAACGCCGCAUUGUGGCAGCGGAGGAGGCGCUGCUGCGGCGGCGCAAGGAGCUGGAGCGCGAGCACGCGGCGCGCAUGGUGGAGGCGGAGGCGGCGGUGCGGCGGCUGCAGGUGGAGUGCGAGCACCAGCUGGACAUUGAGAAGGACAGGAAUGCCGAGCUGGUGCGGCGGGUGGCCAUGCUGGAGGAGCGGCUGGCGGCCAGUGAGGCGCGCUGCCUGGCCGUGGAAAACGAGUUUGCAGACUUCCGCGCAGCCUCUCGCUCCACCCCGGAGGCAGAGCUGGCUCGGCAGCUGGCGGAGGCGAGGGAGACCGCCAAGGCAGCAGAGGCCCGAGCAGCCAAGGCCGCCAAAGCUAAGCAAGGCUACAAGGAGCAGGUGCGCAAGCUAGCAGAGCAGCUAGCAGCGCUGCAGCGGCGGCGGCCCCGGGAGGAGGAGCAGCCGGCGGCGGCGGCAAUGUUUGGGCAGCCUCUGGGCGGCGGCCCGGGCCUGGGGUUGAGCGCGGCGCCCGCACCUGGUGCCAUCCGAGCAGCCGCGCAGGAGCAGGCUAGGUUUGCCGCCUCGCAGCAGCAGGAGCUAGCGGCCAUGCGCGCGCAGCUGCAGGCCAUCAAGGCAGCCGCUAUGGCGCAGCUCUCGCCCAGCAGCUCACCCCGGGGACGCGGCAGCGACGGCGGAGGCAGCCGCGCGGCUGGCAACAACGGCGCGGCAGCGGCAGGUGCGGUGCUGAUGGGCGGUGCUGCGGAUGUGGAUGCGGACUCGCGCGGGGUUAACGACCAGCACCGUCACGCCGUAGGCCGCUCGGACUGGCGAGCGAGCGAGGGAAGGGUCCCAGCUGUCGCCAUCGCCGCCACCUCCGCUCAACAGCACUCCUCUGCAUCGCAUUCCGGUGCCUCCCGAGGAGCUUCCGUCGUCGCUACCUCGCACCCCUCUGCCGCGCCCGACCGCCGACCCACAGCAGCACCACCAGCCUCCUCCACAUCGCAGCUGCCUCCUGCUGCCGCCACCGUCGAGCUGCACCCACCAGCGCAUGCAGCAGGUCCCGGGGCAGCUCCUGUCGCUCCCGGCGGCUCUGCUAGCAGCGGUCCCUCCCCAGCAGGCAGCAUCGCCACCUCCACCUCCAGUACGACAUCCCAUCGCCCGCUGCAGCAGCAGCAGCCCACUGCCACUCCGCAAUCACAGCAGGCUGCAGCUGCGGCGGCAGCAGCGUCGCACCCCCCAUCCUGGCAGCAGCAGCAGCAACUGCAGCACCAGCAUCAGGAGUAUCAGCGGCCACCGCAUGUGUAUGAGACUGGUAUGGAAUCCGGCGGCUAUGAAGGAGCAGCCCCGGCCUACCCGCCCUCCUCACACCCUGCUGGCCGGGCCCGCUGGGAUGUCGCUGGCGGCGAAGUGAGGGAAAGAGAAGAGAUGCAGCCCUGGCUUGAGUCGCCGCAGCAGGUCGACACUGGGGCGCACCCUCAUCCAGCUCGUGGUAGCACGGGGGGGUCUGCUGGAAGCACGGGUGCUCUCCUCCUUACCGCAGGAAGCGAGCAACGGCAGAGCCUGGCUGACCACCUGGCCAAUGCGAGCUCAGCAGCAGCCGUGUGGUACCAACAACAACAGCACCCGCAGCAGCAGCAUCAUAGAGGCGGGCAGCAACCGCACCCGCAACACCAGCAACAGCGGCAACAGCUCCCCUACCACUCGCCGCAGAGCACGCAACGGGAUGAAAACGAAGGCACCUGGCGCGCCUACCAGGACCAACACGAGCAGGGAACUACCGCCCGCCCGGAAGAAGAAGAAGGCGACGAGGGCUUUGAUGAGGGCGAUGAAACCUUUCCGGGGCAACAACGACGGUCCUUAGAGUCACCGGAGGCUGCGCAGUUAGGGGCGCGCUGGGCUCAGCACCCUCCUCGUGAAGCGUCUGCUCCUGACCUCCAGUACUCCCAAUACAACCAACAACAGUACCAACAGCAGCAGCUGCAUGACCACCGCCGGCGCACUUGGGAGCAGCAGCCACACCCGCAGCACCCGCACCCGCACCCGCCGCCUCACGUCCUUGGCGCUGCAGGGCAGGAGGACGACGGCGGCAGCGAACAUACCUUGGGGCGAGCCCCACACCAUCCAGGCAACGCCCCGGCUCCCCACGUCCAUGGCCCUGACCCUGCCUACUACCCCCAUGUUGGCGGCCCCGGCGAUGACAACGACGGCGACGGCGGCGGUGGUGACAUGGGGGACUACCUGGCUGAGAUCCAGCGCCUGACGCGGCGGAAGAUGGAGCUGCUGCGGCGGGGUCACAGCCCGGAUGAGGAGCUGGUGGUGCUGCUGGACGAGCGCAUUCAGGCGCUGCUGGCGGAGAGCGCGGGACUGGCGCCGCCGGCGACUAGGUGAAGGAGUUGGGAAGAGCCAGGGGCGGGCGGAAAGGUGGGUUCUUGGUAGUGAGGCGAUGGGGGCUUAAUUGCAAGGGACUGCACAGCUAGAUCGUGUGUGAUGUGAAGGUGAGGCGGUUCGGGGGGAAGGAGGUGGAAAAUGUGUUCCCUUCCUUGCUGCGUUGCGUGUUGUGCGCUUCGGCUAAGUAUUCUGCUGGGCGAUGGUGUGUACGAUGGAGACGAGUGGCGGUACUGGCUGUGAUUGUUGGUGGCAGUGUAGGCGUGCGGGGACAGGCAUCGCACGGCUUCAGGAAGGAUAUGGGGCGCUAGGGUGUGAGAGGGUAUAUGUCUGUUCGUCUUUAUGGUGAUCGCUGACGCCAUCUCGGUGGUGAUGUUUGUAAGGCGAACAUCGGUUGUGGAGUGCCACCCGCUGCACUAAGUUGGGUGCCUGCAACAUACCUUGUGGUAGCUUUGGAAUUUGUCUACCUCCGUUCAACGGUAUCCAUGGCUGCGUGUUGUGUUCCUUACCAGAGGGUGUCGGCAGCCACUGGCGUCAAUGUAUGGCAGUGAAAACGUCGAUGCACCGAGUGGAAUGCCAUGCACCCAACGGCGCCAACAGGGCAAAUGGCAUAGAGGCAGUAAAUGCCAUUGCAUACGUUAACACCUACUGGCCUGGACAUUGUCUCUGACAUCUGUCUUCUUGGAACUUGCCCUCCUGAGCCAAGAGGUCGGCAAGUCGAACACCGCAUA